UUUAAGUCUCCCUUUCUGUGUUCUCUUCACAGGGUUUCUGUGUUGACUUGAGCCGUACCUAUAUGGCGUGUGUGAGCGGAGAGUUCUGCCAGGCACAGCACCUCACCUCUGUGGAGAAGUGAAUCGGCCGCCCCCCGAGGGACUACGCUACCCAGAAACCCCCCUGACUGCCAGCGCACUAGGAACUGCUGACUUUUCCCAAAGGCCCUCUGGGAUAUUGCGUAGCCCUUGGCCUGAUUGCUCUGCCCUGUCCCAACCGAUACGAAAAACCUUUGCUUUCUACUUUCUUCUUGAACAGCCAAUCACAAACAGCUCUCCUGAAUGGGCCGUCUCGCCAACAUGAACCGCCCCGCUGCAGUUGAGAUUGUCUACGAGUGCAUGAGGUUCCUCAUCACCCACAACCCCACCAAUGCCACACUUAACAAGUUCACUGAGGUAUGCUUACGUUUAUGUUAUUGCUGUUUAUCAGAUUCCCAGGGCUCUGUCUCAAAUGCACCCUUUCACUUUUUCUGCCAGGAACUGAAAAAAUUUGAGGUGAACACUCUGGUUAGAGUUUGUGAUGCCACCUAUGAUAAGGCUCCAGUAGAGAAAGAGGGGAUACAGGUCUUGGACUGGCCUUUUGAUGAUGGUGCCCCUCCUCCCACCCAGAUCGUGGAUAACUGGCUCAAGUUGCUCAACACCAAAUUUCGAGAGCAACCCGGCUGCUGCAUUGCCGUACACUGUGUGGCAGGCCUCGGACGGUAUGUAUGGUGUACAGUUGGCCUCCUUUUCUCCAAAACCCUUUUUUCUUACGUGCCCAAAUAACAGUCCUGCGUGCAAUAAAUGAGAAAUGUAGUGGUAUGUUUUAAGUUAGAGGGUUAGAAGGUGGUUAUUUGGGUCCAUAUCAAAGUGGCGGAAGAGAUAACUGAGACAUCUGUUCUCA